AUGGCGGAUGCCACGAGACACCUAGAGCUGCAUGAAGAGGCAUCCACUCUUCACUACCGCCUGGAAGCCCUAUUUGCUGCUUUCUGGGAAAAGCUGGAGAGAAAGCUGACCCUACCUGCCCCACAGCCCGGUGUGACGCCCUCUAAUCUUACCAGAAGCAACCCACAACAUAAGGCUCCUGUCAUCAAGGUCCCAGCGAGACGGAGAAGGCAAAGGGCACAUCGCCGACGCUUCAGGAAAGCAGCUGCGACGAACCUGGCAGCUAUACACCAUCAGGAGACACAGGAGAGAGGUGAAUCUAGAGGGAGAGAGAUGGGGAAGCAGCUGCAGACCCAGGACCCGCAGCAGGCUUCAACGGCUCCGAAGAAGGAAGCACAUACCAUGUGGGACUGUGAAUUUCCAGUACAGGGGAUAGGCUGUCCACCAUGUUAG